CACGUAACAUAUGUUAUAGUUAUGGAGCCAAAUCAACGGCUGGGAUGCUGUCGUUGGUUUAAGAUCGAAAAUGGGCGGCUGAGAUGAAAUGGGUUUGGUACAUUUGGUUUCUUCAGUUGGGGGUCAGGUCAACCACCGAUGAAAGCUUCUUUUUUUUUUUGAGAAAAACCACGGAUGAUUCGAUGAAAGCUUUAUUCGGGAAAGAAUAAUUAAUUUUUUUUGACAACGGAAAGAGUAAUUAAUUACUACUCCUACUACUAUAGUUUGAAGAUUAAAGAAUUCUUUUUCGUUUACACGCGUAAACCACAACAACUCCAAUUUCCGUAUCCUUCAAAAAUCCAGUCAACCACAUAGUCAAUCAGAAUUCCCAAUUGUUGCCUCUAAUGGACGGAGGAGCUUCCGGUGGCAUGGCAACGGGAGGCGGCGGCGGUCCGGCACCUUUCCUGCUGAAAACGUAUGAGAUGGUGGACGACUCGUCGACGGAUGCGAUCGUCUCAUGGAGCGGGAGCAGGAAGAGCUUCGUGGUCUGGAAUCCACCGGAAUUCGCCCGCGUCCUCCUCCCUUCUUACUUCAAGCACAACAAUUUCUCCAGCUUCAUCCGCCAGCUUAACACCUACGGAUUCAGGAAGAUUGAUCCUGAGAGAUGGGAGUUUGCUAAUGAUGAAUUUGUGAAGGAUCAGAAGCAUCUUCUUAAGAAUAUUCAUCGUAGAAAGCCUAUUCACAGCCACAGUCAGCCUCAAGGUUCGGUUGAUCCUGAAAGAGCGACAUAUGAGGAAGAAAUUGACAAGUUGUCGCGUGAGAAGGCUGCUCUAGAAGGAAAUUUGUUGGGAUUCAAGGAGCAGCAGUCUGCAGCUAAGGUACAGUUGGAAGACUUAACUCAGCGUAUAGGUAGCAUGGAGCAGAGACAGGAAAAACUAUUAAGCUACCUGAAUAAGUCAAUUCGAAAUCCUGAGUUUGUCGAACGCCUUGCUCAUAAGCUCGAAUCGAUGGAUUUUUCAGCGUAUAAUAAGAAGAGGAGACUCCCCCAGGCAGAUGAUGAUGUCCAGUCAAUUCAGGAGACUGUUUCAGUAGACAAUCAAAGCAGCUGCAGGCCGGAAUUCGAUUGUACAGACCAAGACUUCUGCAAUAAGCUCAGGCUGGAAUUAUCGACUGCUGUUUCGGAUGUCAACUUGCUUUCACAUAGCACACAGAGCUCGAAUGAAGAUGGGGUAAGUCCUCAAGGGAGAAUCGAGGGAUGGCCAAGAGAUGUGCAUAUGAGAACGGCAGGUUUCAUAUGCCCCCCUGAAACGUUAGAGCUAUCAGAUACUGGGGCUUCUUUAGACCUACAGAUGGAUUCAUCUUUGUCGUGCAAAGUGGGACCCGAGAGCCCGAAACUGCACUCCUUGCAUCAUAGCCUGACUUCGAAUGACGAAGGUGAUGGUCACCUAUCCUGCCUGUUGAACCUCUCUCUUGCUUCGUCUCCUCUGGAGCUCAACAAGAGCCAGAACUCCAUUGUGAUGCCUCAAUCAAGUUCGGAUAUGUGUACCUCAUCACGGCCUAACAGCGACAUUAUUGAUGCUGGCCAUCGGACAUCUCCAGCUGGUAGAACGCGUCUGGAUGAGGCUCAGGCUUUAUCUUCCUCACCCGAUGCUAACAAGCAGGGGCCUGCAACGGAGCAGAAACGGGUGAAUGAUGUGUUCUGGGAGCAAUUCUUGACUGAAAGACCUGGCUGCUCGGAUACUGAAGAGGCCAGCUCUAGUCUUAGGGCAAACCCUUACGACGAACAAGAAGAGAAGAAAUCAGUCAAAGCAGUAGCAAGAAACACCAAAGAAUGCAAUACAGUUCAAUUGGACUUCAAGAUUUUGGACUUGAAGAAUCAAGAUACAAGUUGGAACUGACUGGAGUUAAAAGAGAGUGUCAGCUUGUGUGAUUACUCGUAUGAUGCAUUGCAAUAUAAUUUGAAAUUUAGAAUGAGAAAUUGUGAUUUUGUGGCCGUGAUAACACUAAUAAAUGCUUCUCGUAUGUAUUUUAAUGUACUAACAAAAAGAAAAUUCAUUACUCGUAUCCCACU